UUUCAGAACUUUUUGAACUCAUUUCAACUUUAUUCCACUUUUGAUGCAAAAAUGAGGUGAAAUAUGAUCAGAAAGAAUGUAAAUAAGAACAGGAUCAAACUUUAAAGAGUCUUAAUUUGAACAAACUGAAAACAGAAAUGGAUCAAAGUCAGAAACUGAUCAAUAACCUGAUCAAUAACCUGAUCAGAGAUAUAAAACCAACAUCAGCAUUUAAACCGUCAGUGAAGAUGUCGUCCUUCAUCAGCAGUCCAGGAGGUUUCCCUCUCUCCUCCUCUCUCCUCCUCCUCCUCCUCCUCCUCUUCCUCUCCAGCCACUGUUGACGUCCGCGGCUCUGUCACCCUCAUCACCGGUUUCCACGCUGCUCUCCGGUCCAGUCAUGUAGUCAUGAUGGCUGCUGUAGUCCCACAUCCUGUCUCUGUCAGACUCCUCUCAGCUCUUCUUCUUCUUUAGUUUCGUUUUUUUUAAGUAGUGUUGUUUUCUUCUUCUUCUUCUUUUCUCCAGCCUUCCUCUUCAACUCUCCUUUUUGACGCUUUCGCGGAGUUUCCUGCGUCCGAACAUCCCGCACCUCUCCACGGUCUGAAAUCCUCCCCUGGACCGCUCAGAUCCACGUCCACUCUCCCCCCUCGUGGACCCUCCUCACCGUCGUCGCGCCUCCUGGUUGUUUCCUGUCAGGUCGGAAAGCUCCAGAGAAACGGUUCAUAUGAGUGCGCCUCCGCUGAUCCGUGCGCCCAGCCCGCUCCCGUUCUCAGGGGGGACAAGCAACACCGGCACCAGUCCCGGGGGAGACAGAGGAGGAGGAGGAGGAGGUGGUGUGAUCUCCUUCCACAUCCAGAUCGGUCUGAGCCGGGAGCCGGUGCUGCUGGACGCCGCAGAGCUCAGCCUCAGUCAGGUCCGGGAGGUGGCGUGCUCCAUCGUGGACCAGAAGGUAACAGUGCAGACGGCGUCCUCAGCAGACCCCCCAGACUUAGACAGAAGUUCAAGAGAGAGGAUGAGGUUCAGCAGAGGAAGAGUUCAGGGAGAUCAGAGUUCAGAUGUGAAAGUUUGAGCCUGAAAAUGUCAGAUUUUAGUUUGAUUUACAGCGUUAAUGUGAGUUUGUCUCAGAUUUAGACUCAGAUUAACAUUUAAACACAGACUAAAACUGAGAACAUGGCUGACAGAACCAGAACUUCCAUAACAGCAGCUGUCGACCCGGGCUGGAUUAUUCUGAGGGUGUGGGGGGGACUGACAGCAGUGGAGGUGGGAACGGGUCUAAAAAGUGACUUAGUCCAGAGUCUAAACCCCCCCUCUGGUUUUAAAGGUACAGUACGUCUGAAGAUCUCAGCUGCAGUGUGAGGUUUAGUCACAACACAAGACGUUUGAGGUUAGUCACAUGACCUCAAAGACGCUCUACCACUUCCUGUCCAGGAUUCAUCUCUCAUAGACGUUUAGGAGGUCAUUUUGAAUUCUGACCUGAUGAUGUCAGAGCAGAGUCUGUGGGUCACAUGACCACAGAACGUAAACACGCAACAACACAGGCGCCGGGGUAGGACGUAUAUUUGGCUCCUCCUUUAGCUGCUCAAACUCUGAGGGAGCUUUUUAAGUCCCCGCCACUGAGGCCGCCAUCCUACAACGCCAUGUUUCUACAUCCGUGUUUUUGUGGCUGCUCCGUGCAAAAUAACCUUCAGGGACAUUUUUGAUGAUAGUGAUAAUAGGAGGGUUUAUGUCCUUAAAGGCCACCGUCACUUUACUGACCAGAGGGGUCAGCAGGGGGCGCCUCAGUCUAGAGUCUGUCCUGAAGACGUCGCUGAAUAUUCCGAUUUCUACAAACGUUUCUUUUGAGUUAAUGCUUCUUUAACGUUCACAGAUCGAGUAAAUCGAUAUUUGAUCUAUUUAUCAUAUAUCUAUAUCUUUUAUAUCUAUACAUGUAUGGUGGUCUAGAGUCAGACAGCUAGAUGUCCCUCAGUGUUCUUGUUUAUAAACACAGACAGACAGAGUGACCCUGAGCAGACAUUGUCAUUAUUUCCACACAUGUCUGAGCAGAGGGGGGGUGGUCAAUAAUAUAUGGACUCAGUAAUGUAAUGUAUGUAUGUAAUGUUCAUGGCCGCGGGCGACGGGGUCCAUCUGAGCCGUCAAUACGGGUCAAUGAUGGAGACUGAACUCUAUCGACCUCUCAGAGUCUCAUGAUGUUCAGAAAAACAUGGAUUCCCUCCAUCAUGAAUGUUGACCGGGUCUCUGAGUUUGUAGACUGACAGGAUGGACUUCAGUUCUGAUGGAACCAGACAGAGAAAACCACAGAGUCCAUGUUUAACCGGGCCGUCAGAAUCAGGAUCUUCUGAGUCAGUCCAGACUGGUCUUCAUGGUGUUUCUAUGAUGGUCUUUAAAUUUUUAAGAUAUUUAAACUCAAUCACCUUCUGUAUUUCCUCCUGAUCAAUAACUGUCUUAAAUCAAUGUACGGUUUCUGGCUCAUGAGGAAACACAUGGAAACAGUUUUGCCUUGAGGUGUUUGUUGAUACAGAAAUAACGGCGUCGUCAGCAAACAUCUCCACAGGAAAGAGCAGCGGCCCCAGGAUGGAGCCUUGUGGUACUCCGAGGAUGAAGUUUCAAAUGCCGUUUAUUCUAAAGUUGAAAACAUACAGGAUCCAUACUGAGCACGUUAGUACAGCGCAUCAGCAUUAUUUGGAGCGUAGUUCAGCCGCGGUCAGCUGGUCUCAGUGUAGAGUAAACAACAUCCUCACAGCAGGUUGUUGUUUUUCCUUUCUUUAGUCGAUUUCCUGAUAAUUCUGAUAUCACUCAGUGACUGUUGAUCCUCAACUGUCUGUGAAAAAGCUUUAGGUGAUUUUCCAGUUUGUGUUUUUGCAGGUUUCCUGGUGUUUAAUAAAGUAAACUCUGUUCCUGUCUGCUGUUCCCUUCAGACAGAGUUAGCAGGUCAAAGUCCUGUUGGGGUCCACAUGGAUCAGGGAUCAACCAUCAGAUUGUUCUGUUACUGAUGAAUCCAGAACAUACAUAGUCUGGAGUUCGCAUAUGGUGUUUUAUUUUGAAAUUUGCCGGAUGACAUGCACGGUUUCUGUACCUGACUUCCUGUCUAGAAUGAUCUUCUCUGUGUAGAUUGACGUGUGUUGGAAGCGUAGAGCAGAGAAAAUAGACUUGGUGCGUUUCGAGACGGAGGUGUGAUGCGUCCUGCGUCUCUGUCUGCAUUGAGUAGAAUGGGAACCUAUUUGCUGUGUGAUACACGAUGUUGACGAUACGCACUCAUUACAGAUCCUGUAUGUUUUAGGGUCAACACAUUACUGUUAAUGACAAUCCGUCACUUAGGGACAGUUUUCCAGUUUUCUCAGGGUGUCGCCCCCCUUAACCCCCGAUCUCCACCUUCAUCCUGAUUGUCUCCUAAAAGGUCGUAUCCUCCGAUCGUAGCUGAUCGUAACCAUUCAAGUUAACGUGUGGAUUUACACCGACUUCUUUACGUUCCUCUGCGGAUCAAAAUCUAAAUCUAACACUGUUUUGGAAAGGACAACUGGACUUACUUGGGACGUUUUGCCUGAGGUGAAACGUCCCAAGUAAGUCCAGUUGUCCUUUCAACAAAGCAUUAUUAGUUUUAAACAACAUCUCAACCUUAAUUUCCACCUUAUUCUGAACAUCUACUAAAAGGUCGUAUCCUCUGAUUGUAACCAUUCAAGUUAACGUGUUGAUUUCCACCGACUUCUUUCCGUUCCUCUGCGGAUCGUCGGACUCCGGUAGGAAUUGGUGGACGGCGAAAAUCAGUGCCGUUCCGGAUGUGGUGAAAAUCACGGGUUAACGUUGAACCUUGUGCGUCACAUUGGUCGCCACCUUGAUAAAGAGACUCAGUACAAAGACCUCGGUCUGUACUCGUGGUUAUCUCUUCCUCGUCCUCCAUGUUGGUUGGUGUUGGACGUGUUCACAGACCCUCUAAAAAUGUCCCCCCCCGCCCCGCUGCAGCUGACUCCAUUAACACACAACAUUUCCCUGAUGGCUUCCCGUGUGUUUGUCGGUAUUUCCCUCCUCGUGUAAAAACGUACAGUGUGUGUGUGUGUGUGUGUGAUUGUGGAAAGCGGCGAAUCUGCGGCGGCGUUAGUCAGUGUGGUGACUCACGCUGAAGCUCAGUCAAUUCUCGCUGGAAACAAGAUGAAUCCUUCCCUUUGUUUGCUCGCUCUGCAGGGGUUUCUCUGUUUUUCUGGCUUUUGCUUUAUGAACUGAAGCUGUUGCCAAGCGCUCGCAAUUAAAGGACACACACACACACACACACAGACACACACACACACACACACAGACAGUGUCAGCGUCCUUAUGAAUGUGAUAGAUGUCCUCCUUCUCACUUUGACAACUCAUGAGUUUGUGAAUGUGAGCUUGUUUUUCCGCUCAUUUACACAAAUAACAAUCAUGUCCUUAUGAAUGUGAUUUCUCUCUCCGUCCAGACACCAAAUCUGAUCUGGAUCCAGACCUCAGAGAACAACCGUGUUCUUACAUGUGACUCACCGACGUCAGUUUGCCAGAGACGAGUAUUUUUAAAUUAGAGUCUCUUUCUUUCCUCAGUCCUUUUCACAUGUGAAGAUUUUCUUGUUUUUAAUAAAGCAGAUCUGUAGAUGAGGAUGUAACCUGACAUGAUCUGAAAUAUACUCCCUUAAAGGGAAAUUCCGGCACCGUAACACCGAGUUAGACCCCCCCUCCAGAGAUGAAUGUUGUCGACCGCUUGCUUCUCUAGUUAUACCAACUUUAGUAACGACUACAGGAUAGAAAUACAGAGAGCCACGCCCCCAACCAAAACGCCACUCUAUAGCUACAAAUACUCACCUCCUCUCUUCCAGCAGACCCUUUUUUGUGCAGAGACCUCAGGCCAGUCCAUUAUGGACUACAACGGGGUGCCGCAGCUCAAGGAAGAACAUUUAUGAUCAUUUCUUUAUCAUUUCCUUAAAGUAAUAAUCACCAUAUUGAUCAUUUUACAGACGCGGUAGUUCUUCUGCCUUAGCGUCUCGGUCUGAUUGUGUUUCCAUGAAGAAAUGAUCAUAAAUGUUCUUCCUUGAGCUGCGGCACCCCGCUGUAGUCCAUAAUGGACUGGCCUGAGGUCUCUCUACAAACAAGCGUCUGCUGGAAGAGAGUAGGUGAGUUGUGUUUAGUCUCUUUGUUAACGAAAUGAGUCAAAGUUAAAAAGAUGUUUGGUGUCUAGUACUAUGGCUGUGACCCUAUAUGUACUAACCUGAGUAGAACAUGGUGUAGUUCCGUUCAGUAACAGAACCUCAUUGGAAAAUUAGCUGAUUUAACUCUACUGUGCUCUUGUUCAAAUAUACUAACUCGACAGCACAUAAAUCCAUACAGUUCACAGUUAGACGUUGGGCAGUACGACAAAAACCACUGAUUUAACUUCACAAAAACAAACAGAAGUGAUAAUAAAUAAAACAUAACUAGAGCUUUACUGUUACUCUAAACUGUUGAUGUGCUGCCAUCUUGGAUUAUGACGUUGUCACCAAGUCGGGGUUGGUGAGGAUCAUCUGACUUUCUGAGUUGGAAAUCCGACUUCAGGCGACUUCUCUGACAACUGGAACACAGCAUUAUACUCAGACCUGAAGACCCGUCAGAGACUGAAAGUUCGUUCCUCAAAUUAUUUUCAGACAAACAGAUUCACCGAAACAGCGCUGAAGUUUGAAGGAACAAAAAUACAAAAUUAAGGAUGAAAUAGAGGAGACACCCCCCACACACACACACACAGACACACAGACACACACAGACACACACACUUUAAUAUACUCCUGGUGUGAUGUGUCCAUUACCCGUUAACGUUCACUAAUCGUCUCAUUUCAGGUGAAAAUCACCUCAUUUUCCCGCUGUGAGACUUUUACACCUGAGCGCGGCGAACACACCUGAAACCUGAGAUCCAGGACGCUAACGGGUUGACACCGUGUGACAGAACACACACACAUAUCUCACACACACACACACACACAUGUGGAUGUCAGUGUUUAUUAGAGGGGUUGUUGUGUACUCUCUGCAGCUGGUCACCUCCACACCUGUUUGCACGCCAAACCUGUGACAUCGCUCGCACCACGCGACACUUAACACUUCAAAUAGCAGCAAAUGAACUGAUUAACCCGGGAAGGUGUGUGUGUGUGUGUGUGUGUGUGUGUGUGUGUGUGUGUGUGUGUGUGUGUGUGUGAGAACAGGUGUUUUUAAUAAACCCUCUUAAAUGAAUCAGACUCUCCAGAACUUCACAGGUCCAAUCAGAGCCGGGAUCUCUCUCAGGUUUUCGCUCUCGGUGAGAUUCGCGGCGCCCCGUUCAGGAGUGAAGGUGGAUGUUUGUUUAGAAUAAAGGACGGCCGGUCGGUUCCUUCAAAGUGACUCUGCAGGAGGAUGAUGGAUCUUGUUUGGAUUCAGCAGACACUCCUCACCUCUCAGCUCUGUCCUCGGUCGAACACUCGCAGAGAUUUGCAGCUCAGAGUUUACAUCCCGACACGGACAGAGAGCAGACGCCGUCUCAUUUAAUCACAUCAGUGUAAACCACAAGGUCAGACAUGAUCCAAACCACGCCCACAAGCUCUCGACUCAUCGCGCUCUUCAACUCAUCAUCGGCCUCGACUGACCUUUUACUAGAGCCUCAGAAAACAGCCGAGUGUUCGUACAGAUACAAGGAAACUGAGACUUUUCAGACAAACAGUUAAAACUGGAAGAGUUCAAUACGACUUAUAUGAGGGUCAAUCAUGAGUAACAGAUUAUUUUAGGGUUUUAUUUUGACCAAAGUAACUCAGAGUGAAGCCUUACCCAAGAUUUCCACCACAUCCAGAACGGUGGCGAUUUUCCCUGUACGCCAAUUCUUACCGGAUCCGUUUGUGAGGCCAAUUUCAUGGUGGAUUACGGACAGCAGGAAUUGCGAGAAGUCACAAGAACUCACGUUCAAUCGCAAAUUAACGAGUUGUCUCUCUAAAGACAGACACAUAGACAUAUAAGCAGUAGAUUGUGUCCUUCCAGAGGAGGAAAUCUACUUCUAGACUUCUAGAGUGUUUUAUUUUGAAAAGAAGCCGGAUGUUUUAUUUUGAAGUCUGUGUCCGACUUCCUUUCCAGCACGGGUUAAUCUGUGCUGAAUUUAUCCGCCAUGCUCCGGCGUCCAACAGAAAGAAGUCGGUGUAAAUCGACACGUUAACUUGAAUGGUUACGAUCAGCUACGAUCGGAGGAUACGACCUUUUAGGAGACGAUCAGGAUGAAGGUGGAGAUUGAGGGUUAGGUUUGUACCACUGAAGGAAGCCAGAGCAAAGAUUUACUAUUUACAGUGAAACUGAGACUGACCUGAAACCAAAGAAUAAUUCAAGUAGAGGAAAUGUUUGUGAACAUUAUCAGUAAAUCACCAUAAAUUUAGUUUCUCUUACAGGUUCAAAGACCUAAAAGAAACCAGAGCAAAGUGUCACUUACUACUUACAGUGAAACUGAGACUUACAAGAGAUAAAAAGGAACAGUUAGAGACUGUAAAAAUGUAACUAAUCCGUUUAUUUUUACGACUUACCAUUUACAGUGAAACUGAGACUUCACAGACACAGAUGAAUGGGAGCCAUUAGAGACCUGAUAUUGACCUCUAAAUCAUCCGAAAACUUGUUUCUUCUCAGGUCUGAACCACCUUAAGUAAGCUAGACUGAAACCUCAGUGGGACUCACUUUAUACUUAUGUUCUAUUUACAGUGAAACUGAGACUCAGCAGAAACUGAUGCUUCUCUCAAACCUCUCUUCUGUCAGCCAUGGUCACUCCUGACUGAUUGUCAGGAUGUGCCGUGUUGUUGUUCUGCAAAGUAUGGGGAAUGAAGCAGAAGUUUCAGUAAGGGGACUAUCAAACUCACAUGGAUCCAUCCUCCAGAUCAUCAGUCAGACGGUUGACCACAUUUUAUUUAGAGGUCAUCGUAUCCACGGGCGAUGGCGUGGGGGCACAACGUGAAAACUGGGCGUGGAAACAACAACAGACGCAUGUCAGUACUUUGCACCAGAUUCACGGCCGGGUUAAAAGAUCGUAAUAAAUGUCGUCAACGCCGAUAAACAGACGAUUUCGUGUUUAAAUUUCCCUGAAGACAGUCAAAGGUUUCAGCCUCAGCUCUGAAGAAAAAGGACGACUUUAUCUCAGUAAUGACAGGAAACACUGUCCAACACACUGUGAGUGUCACUGAACAGCCCUGUGUCUUCUCACACACACACACACACACACACACACACACACACACACACACACACACACACACACACACACACCUCUGCCUCCCUGUGACAGUAAUAAUAAAGCUGUGUGUACGCUGUGUUUCUGUCGGUAGCUGUUCCUCCUCGUUGCCUGGCAACUGAUGAUGAUUGCGGCUGUGAAGUGUCCUUCUAAGGGCCAUUAUAGACACACACACACACACACACACACACACACACACACACUGAAUGGAGGCGAGGAGGACAGAUGUGUGUUUCCUGUCAUUGUUCUCUCUCUCUUUCAUCUGCACUUUUUCCAUCCAUUCACGUCUCUUUAUUCAUCUCUCUCUUCAUCCUUUUUUCCAUCCUUCAUUCAUCUCCUCUUUCCCUCCAUCUCUCCUCCUCUUAUCUGUCAGAUUCUCUCUCCUUAAAUCCAUUCUGCGUAUUCUAGAUUAGUGGAUUCAUCCGCUGUUAAAAAUAGUCCCCUCUCUUCUUAUUGUUUAAGAAGAGAAAACGACAGUUUUAGUUUUUAAAGUCAGAAACGUGUUUCUGUGUGUUUGUGAGGAUUUAUAAGAAAUUCAUCUUUUAGUGUCCAGAGUGAAAGAAAUGAGAGCUGAGAUAUUCAGACUAGUUUUUGAACCGGGCUGUAAACAUGUUUAUUUAGAAGACAGGCUUUUUUUGAACAAGUACAUAUGUAUGGUGGCCGAGAACUGCCACUGCUGCAGAUAAAAAAAAAAAAAAAAGAAAAGAAUGCAAAAAAAAAAAGCCACAAAGGAAGUUACUGAUGCAACAAAGAGAAAGAAACCGAAGCCCACUGCAGAAAUAGAUGAAAAAGUCACAAUGGGAGUUACCAAUAAAAAAAAAGGAAACCAAAGCCCACAGCAAAUAUAAAAAGAAACAGUGCAUAUAUAUAUAAAUAAAAGUCACAACAGAAUUUACAAAUGCAAAAAAAAAAGGAAAAAAAAUCACAACGGAAGUUAACGGCACAAAAAAAAAAAAAGGUGAUAAAAAAAGUUGCUGCAAAAAUAAAAGGAUGCAGGAUUUUUUUGCGUCGUUAACUUCCAUUUUGGCUUUUUUUUAAUCUUCACUGUUUCUUUUUUAUUUACAGCUGGCUUCUGUUCCUUUUUUUCGCAUCAGUAACUUCCGUUGCGGCUCCUUUUUUUUUUUGCAUUCUUUUUUAUUCGCAGCAGUGGCAGUUCUUGGCCACCGUACAUAUAUGGUUUGUGGUUAUUCUGCAGCGUACCUCUAGUGGACACUCAGGAAACUGCAGUUUUUAUUCAUCAGCCGAGUUUUCAUUGAAGUUUUUCACUCAGACUUCUACUAUUGUUGUUGACAAAGACGAUAUUUGAAGUCCCGCCUCCUCUUGAUUCUGAUUGGACACUGUAUUUAAAUGUUGUCAGUGGACACCGUCCCUCAGUGUGUCCAUUAUUUUACCUUUAAACCUGCUGUCCUCUGUCUGACAGUCUCACACUCUGGUCAUGAACAGACUCUGUUUAGUGGACGCCUCUUUGUUCGGUUGGCGGUCUUCAUCGUAGCGCAAAUGGAGGACAAAGGCGAGAGGAAGUGACUGUUUAAAUCCUGAGGAAGAGGAAGACGGUCAGACUGUCGAACAUGAUGGAGAUAAAGAGGGUGGGGGGGGGUCUUCAUCUCUCUCUCUCUUUUCAUCUCCCAGCUAUCCUCUCUCGCCCCUCUCCCUCUUAAGUGCCCCUUUCUGUCUCUGCCUUUCAAUAAUAUCCUCAACAGUACACUUCAGAAAUACAUCUUUAUGUAUGUGUGUGAGUGCGUGUGCGUCGCCAUGGCAGCAGCACUGGUCUUGUUGUCAUGGCAGCAGAAACUCAAGGCUGAUCCCUCUCCUCCGUCUCCUCUUUCUCUCCAGCCGAACACAUUUUUUUGUGACUUACACACGUGUGUGUUAUUGUGUGUGUGUGUGUGUGUGUGUGUGUGUGUGUGUUAGAUUCUAUUAAACGUUAGUUAAUGAUCAGUCAGAGUCCUGCUCGCCCUGUCAGGAGUCUACGCCGCGUCACCACCUGAUCACUCUGCAUCAUCUAUGAAACGUUUCCACUGACGCUGAUGCUAAAUAAGGUGAAGAGACUUCUGCAGGUGUAUUAAUAUCAACAUGUCUGUCCUCCUCCUCUUAGAAUGAUGCAGGAUACACACUUCAUUUAGACUAGAACACACACACACACACACACACACACACACACACACCGGCUAAAUCCAGCCGAACCAUUUCAUCCAUCAUCUUUGACUGCAGGGACUAAAACAAACUCUAACUCAUUUAAGUCUCUGCAGACCUGCAAAGUUUCAGAAAAUGACCAGGUAUAAACGUCGUCAAAAAAGGCGAACACCCUUAACACACCCUGCUGACCGUUUGUCUUGAGCGUGUGAUGACGUUUCCAGCUUUUCUAGCCAAUCAGAGGCUAAGUAGGCGGGACUUUCCCUUGGAAAAGUCUUCCCUAGGACAAGUCUUAUUCCCCCCGAAAAGUCGCAAAAUUGCAUCGGGUUUGAUGUGUUUAGUACGGGGCGUCAAAAUUUGCCGCUGAAUAUUUCGUAAUUUCAUGUUUUAUAUUCGUGUCGAAUUUUGACAAAAUACAUUUAUUUGUCAAUAUUGCAUUACGUCAAGCAGGUUUUAAAUGUUGGCGCUGUUGUGUGUGAUAAAAUAGUUAGAGAUGCCAAGACCCGAAAAAACUCAGGGUCACAGUUACGAAGUCAGACAAAAGCAAAAUCGGAGGAGGAAACAAGAUAGCUACAUUUAUAAAAGUUACUUUAGCGCUAGCCUUGUCCGAAUAUUAGGCAAGCGCUAAAGUAACUUUCGUAGAUGUAGCCAUCUUGUUUCAGGCAUCCGAUUUUGCUUUUUUCCGACUUUGUAACCGAAAUGCUGGGAACUCAGCAUCGACAUCUGACGUCUGAGGUAACUCUAACGUAGUGUUAGGGUAGUUAGAGUAGAUCGUUAGAGACACCAAGACCUUCCUAACGCUGCUUCUGAUUGGUUUAUAUUGCGUGGUGCCUUCUGUGGUUGGUUAGAUUUAGGCGCAGAGGACUGAUGGGGUCAAAUUGCGUGACUGUCGCACUCAAAGCGUGACGCUUGGCGGCUCUGUUUCUGUUUGAUUAUGGUUGAAUUCUAGUCAUGUGACAUUACUAUUACUCCAAAAAUCCCAUAUCAGCUCUCCAGUGACCCCUCCCCUCCUGUGGCGGCGAUCAGGGUCAGCCCGCCACCAGGAAACAUGAAUUAGAUUUAAAGGUUCGUCAUCCUGCUGUAAUCAAACUCAAACAUAUCACCAGUUCCUCGUUCUGUGGCGUCUUUUCCUCCAGAUAUCCCCCUGUACUCUCUGAGCUGGAGUGUGUGUGUGUGUGUGUGUGUGUGUGUGUGAUCGAUAGCCGGCUCAGCAGUAACUCUGCAGCAGCUCGUGGUGUUGCUCAUUUCAGCGUUUCCUCAUUGAUCCCGAACAGAACAGCGAAGUGCACCUUCGCCUUCCUGCGGUUCCACGCCGCGGCGUGCAUGAACGCGCGCGCUCUUCCACUCUGUCCAUGUGAGCAUCCAUCAGAGCGAUUAAAAGCGGGUAACCACGACCUCACGUGUCCUUAAACACGGUCAGCUGACAUCCUGUCUGCGCUGAAAUCACAUGUGAUCCUUCCUCGGCUGCAGCAGGUGUUUCUGUUAAAUUCAUAAAUCUGUGAGAUGAUGACGAAUCGAAACAAAAGGUCCAGAAUGAAUCAGAUUAAUGGAGGGAUGAUGCAUCAAAACUGCUGUUUAUGAUCAUUUGAUUAAUCUGAUUUCUGCUCUUCUCUCAUUUCUCCUCAUUAUUCUUCUCUUUGUAUCUGAACGGUCGCUGGACGCCGUCUCCUCUCCUCCCCCCUCUCUUUCUUGCUUUAGUUUAAAUAUCGCUUUAUUGGCACGACCCUCAUUAAAGGGUAUGUAAACAUGUUUUAAAGUCUAUAUCCACACAAUACUCCCUCACAUGCACAUAUGUACGUUUAAAGUGUGACUGGAGACGCUUUUUGUCCCUCCUGUUUUUACUGGCUGCAAAAACCUCCCAGCAACGCCAAAAAAAAAAGUGGCGAGGGAUAAAAUCCAAAAAAAAAAAAAAGGGAGAAAAAAAAAUCCUGCUUUGUUUUUCAAAGUGACUCCAAACUAACGCCACACACUGUCCUGCGUGUUCUCCGCCAGAUCCCCGAGUGUGUGUUCUACGGGAUGUACGAGAAGAUCCUGCUGUUCCGCCAUGACCCGGCGUCUGAAAACGUGCUGCAGCUGCUCCGCUCGGCCUCGCAGAUCCAGGAGGGCGACCUGGUGGAGGCGGUGCUGUCAGGUGAGACGUGACAGGUGGGAGGGGCCAGAGAAACACCUGAAUAGAGAAAGGAUGUUCUGCCUGCUUUUGCUCUCCGUACAGACCGAUUUAUAAUCCACAGGAAUAAGAUAAUAAUAAUAAUAAUAAUAAUAAUAAUAAUAAUAAUAAUAAUACAUUUUAUUUAUAAAGCGCUUUUCAAAAACACAAAGACGCUGUACAGAAUGAGGGAAUAAAAACACACAUCAAUAAGUAAUAAAAUUUACGGCAAUAUAAUAAAAACAGAUAAAACAACAUUUUUAACCCUCGGACCCUGUUAGUUUUAAUCAUUAAAAAAAAAAUUUUUUUUAACUUUUUUUCCACUCAUAUUUCUUAAACAACUUCAGUCCUGACUAUUAGGAAAGUAAUGAAGAGAAAAUUUGAUGUAUUUUCCUUUUUUAUGCCAGUUUUUGUGCAACAUGUCAUAUUUAUUUUUAACGGUUAAAUACACAAAAUUGCCAUAUUUUUUUUUUCUUUUAAUAAAUGGAGUCUGGGCCAUGUCAACGAUGAGAAGUAAAACCGAUUUUGGUGAAUUUAAAUUCUUUUUGUAGCGACAAUUUUCUGUAUUUUAGCUCCAUUCAGCCGACUUUGUCCCCAAAACGGACAUGCAGAUAAGAGUUCAUAAAAUCAUCAUUUUUUAACCUUUUUUUUUUACCUUUUUCAGCUCAAAUCCCUCAAACAACUUCAGCCCUAACUAUGAAAAAAGUAAUGAAUAAAAAGUUUGAUGUAUUUCCCUUUUUAUGCCAGUUUUUGUGCAACAUGUCAUAUUUAUUUUUAAUGGUAAAAAACACAAAAUCACCAUAUUUCCCAAAUAAAGUGACCAAGAUGAUUUUUUUUAAAUAAAUAGAGUCUGGGCCAUGUCAGUUAUGAGAAGUAAAACCGAUUUUGGUGAAUUUAAAUCCUUUUUGUUGCAACAAUUUUCUGUAUUUUAGCUCCAUUCAGCCGACUUUGUCCCCAAAACGGACAUGCAGAUAAGAGUUCAUAAAAUAAUCAUUUUUUUAACAUUUUUUUUUACCUUUUUCAACUCAAAUCUCUCAAACAACUUAAGCCCUAACUAUGAAAAAAGUAAUGAAUAAAAAGUUUGAUGUAUUUCCCUUUUUAUGCCAGUUUUUGUGCAACAUGUCAUAUUUAUUUUUAAUGGUAAAAAACACAAAAUCACCAUAUUUCCCAAAUAAAUUAACCUAGAUGAAUUUUUUAAAUAAAUAAAGUCUGGGCCAUGUCAACAAUGAGAAGUAAAACCGAUUUUGGUGAAUUUAAAUUCUUUUUGUAGCGACAAUUUUCUGUAUUUUAGCUCCAUCCAGCCGACUUUGUCCCCAAAACGGACAUGCAGAUAAGAGUUCAUAAAAUCAUCAUUUUUUUAACAUUUUUUUUUACUUUUUUUGACUCAUAUCUCUUAAACAACUUCAUCCCUGAUCAUUAAAAAAAUUAUGAAUAAAAAAUUAGAUGUAUUUCCCUUUUUAUGCCAAUUUGUUUGCAACAUGUCAUAGUUAUUGAUAAAGUGUUGUAGCAGAAAAACACGACAUUUUCACCUCCUUUUCACGAACCUCAAAUCUACCAAAUCAAAUACGAUCAAAUUCAUUUGUUCAUAUUAAAUUAAUUUUAUAUAUAAACAUAUAAAAUCAGCAGAUAUCUGUAAGAUAGGAAUCAUUUAUUUAUUUAAGUGUUUAUCCUCCUCUAACUAAAAUCUGACCGUGAUUACACUAAUAUAAAAAUAACUGCAUAUUUGAGAUGUGAUAACUCUCACCAAAUCUGAUGCCCCAGUCUUUAAAAAUGUGACUGUCAGCUCAAAAUAAAGAGGACAAAAAAGACAAAUGUCCUCAAAACGGACAGAGGAGGAGCCGAGGGGUUAAGGUCGUUCCUCUGACGUUCACUGACGGAUCCAAAACUAACUCAAACUUUAUAAAGAGAAGUGAUUUACUGGCUGUUACUACUUCUACAUGUGGCAGGAAACAAACCGUGACACCCCUGACUGAGACGAGCGGGAACUCUGUUAAAAGUCUAAAAAUAAAGAGAGCGGAGUGAAGAAGUGUGUGAGAGUCUCACUCUGCUUACACCGCUCUCACUUCCUGAAUAAUGAUGUAAAAGCUUCAUAUCUCCUCUCUGGUGGAGGAUUUGUUUGAGAUAAAUUUAGUGAGGUUGGAAUCCGAACAGGGUUGGAGGUGAAAAUGAAGAAAACAAAGUCUGAACAGGAGACCUCUCACACACACUGACUCACUUGUUAAUUGGAGGAGUACACAGGUGUGUUAAACAGUUUCAGCAGCCUGAUGAACACCUGACACAAGAAUCCAGGAGUGUCUGAUGAAGACCUCCACGCUCGGUUUGGCUGCCGUCCAGCUCAGGACUCAGGUGUUUACGAGGCGCUGAUGCUAACAGGCCCACAGCUGCUGAGCCGCUGUUUCCUGUCUCUUUGUCACCACUCAGUGAAGUGUGUGUGUUUGUGUGUGUUUGUAAUCAAGCCUUUCUAUGUGUGUGUCUGUAGAUGGUUGGUGUUUGUUUCUGAGAGUCUCAGAGAUAUCCAUCCAUCCAUAUUCUACCGCUUAUUCCUGUUCCCGGGGUCACAGGGGACACCCUGGACAAGCCGCCAAUUCGCAGCUACAGGCAAUUUUAAAGUGGCCAGUUAACCUGACCCCACUUCUGCAUGUUUUUGGGACGUGGAAGGAAAAUGGAAUACCCGGAGUAAACCCACACAGACACGGGGAGAAUUUUAGGACAAUUUUAGGUCUUUUGGUCACAUGACAGUGAAGCUAUUGAAGGAAAACAGCCUUUUCUGAGAACAUCAACCGGUAAUUUAUUGACGGUCCCUUAUUCAACUCCGACGUUGACAGUGAGGGUGUCGAGUAGAUUAAACCGCGCUGCUGUUGUUAUUCCCGGUUAUGGAGAGUGAGAAGACACCGGUAGAUCCUCAGAGAAUGUCCGUCAGAUAUCCAACCUAAAACUAACUUCACCGCCGUAUUUACAGGAAAAUAUAUCCAACCUGAAACUAACUUCACCGCCGUAUUUACAGGAAAAUAUAUCCAACCUAAAACUAACUUCACCGCCGUAUUUACAGGAAAAUAUAUCCAACCUAAAACUAACUUCACCGCCGUAUUUACAGGAAAAUAUACCCAACCUGAAACUAACUUCACCGCCGUAUUUACAGGAAAAUAUAUCCAACAUGAAACUAACUUCACCGCCGUAUUUACAGGAAAAUAUAUCCAACCUAAAACUAACUUCACCGCCGUAUUUACAGGAAAAUAUAUCCAACCUGAAACUAACUUCACCGCCGUAUUUACAGGAAAAUAUAUCCAACCUUAAACUAGCUUCACCGCCGUAUUUACAGGAAAAUAUAUCCAACCUUAAACUAACUUCACCGCCGUAUUUACAGGAAAAUAUAUCCAACCUGAAACUAACUUCACCGCUGUAUUUACAGGAGAAUAUAUCCAACCUAAAACUAACUUCACCGCCGUAUUUACAGGAAAAUAUAUCCAACCUGAAACUAACUUCACCGCCGUAUUUACAGGAAAAUAUAUCCAACCUAAAACUAACUUCACCGCCGUAUUUGCAGGAAAAUAUAUCCAACCUGAAACUAACUUCACCGCCGUAUUUACAGGAAAAUAUAUCCAACCUAAAACUAACUUCACCGCCGUAUUUACAGGAAAAUAUAUCCAACCUGAAACUAACUUCACCACCAUAUUUACAGGAAAAUAUAUCCAACCUGAAACUAACUUCACCGCCGUAUUUACAGGAAAAUAUAUCCAACCUAAAACUAACUUCACCGCCGUAUUUACAGGAGAAUAGAUCCAACCUGAAACUAACUUCACCGCCGUAUUUACAGGAAAAUAUAUCCAACCUAAAACUAACUUCACCGCCGUAUUUACAGGAAAAUAUAUCCAACCUGAAACUAACUUCACCGCCGUAUUUACAGAAAAAUAUAUACAACCUAAAACUAACUUCACCGCCGUACUUACAGAAAAAUAUAUACAACCUAAAACUAACAUUUACAAUUUGCACACAUCUAUUUUUAGUCACAAAUGUGAGUGAAACGGUCGAACUGUUGAGCCCUGCUACAGAAGAGAGGAAACAAAGACGUCUUUUCUUCCAUCUGAACUGACUGUUGUCCUCUCAAUCAUCAGACUUUUGUUCUGUCACAGAAAAUGAAACUCAAACAAUGAGAUAAAACCCAGAGUCGAGCUGAAGAAGGAGCGCCGCAGUCUUCAGGUUCAUGUUGGAUUAUUAACACUUGAGCUCAGCGUGUGAGCUAAAUCCAAACAGCAGGAAAGUGCGGAGUUUGUUAACUAGCUCUCCCCGUUUCCACUCACAGCCAGUGAAACCUGUCAGCUCCACUGCUUCGGGAUUUAUCAGGAUGUUUGUUUACAGGUCGUCUGCGACCAAUCAGAUCUCUUGGCUGGAGCUGCCUGUUACCCCGCACAAAGUCUAUUUCCUGUUUGUUUCCUCCACACUCGGAGCUGUCGCAGAGACUGACAGAGAGCUGUUAACUAAAGUGUUUCAACCGGGUGUCAGCAUCCUGAGACAGGAGGAGGAGGAGGAGGAGGAAGAGGAGAGAGGAGGGGAGAAGGAGAGGAGGGUCCAUUAGGUACCAUUACAGUCUAUUGAUUUCAGCUCUGAUCAUGGAUUAUCUGAUCAAUUCUGGUGUCUUUGAAUGUUCCACUAACAAACAAACGGUUUAAGGACCUUCACGCUUUCAAAUAAUAUUUCUAACAAUAGUACUAAUGCUGUGUUCAAGUAACUUCGGAAGUCAGAUGUCGGAGCUGAAAAUGACGUCAUUCCCAGCGUUUCAGUUACCAAGUCAGAAAAAGCAAAAUCAGAGACCUGAAACAAGAUGGCUACAUCUACCAAAGUUAUUAUAGCGCUUGCCUUAUAUUUGGACAAGGCUAGCGCUAAAAUAGCAUUCAUCAUGCGCUCGUUAGGGAUCAUGUAUGUUUCAAGUUUAACACUCGCUGUUAAUAAAAACCCUUGGAAAGGCUUUUCCUGUUUUCUUAUGGUGUCGCCCCCUUCAGACUGUUAGUAAAAAUACAUGCUUCGGAUGUAGCGUUCCAUAAAAUAAUGCGAUGAAGCAUGAUACAAGACGGCCAGUCCACCCCUGUCUGUAAUCCGUGAGGUUACAAACCCCUCCUACUUUGUCCAAUCGAUGAGCGCCCCUUUCAACCACAUGAUGCUGCUCAGAAAGUUCAGUGCGCUUCAGAAAUCACAGUGUUAAAGCAGAACCGAAACGGGUGAUAAAUGCAACAAUGUUGCGACUAUCAGCUCCACAAUCAAACCAAGUCCGCUUGUCAGGUGUGAAAGCGACCUAAAAUAAUUUUCAUAGAUGUAGCCAUUUUGUUUCCGCCUCCAAAUUCGCUUUUUACUGACUUGGUAACUGAAACGCUGAGAACUCGGGUGUGACGUCAUUUUCAGCUCCGACCUCUGACUUCCGAGGUAACUCAAACGCAGCAUAAAGUCGGACAAUGAGAAAAACAUUAUUUGAUAAAUUUUUAUUGCGCCCCUAAAGUUCUUCCUGUGCUCCCUACUUUUUCGUUAAUAAAGGUCGUGUCAAGCCCUGUGUCGCUACAUCCGAAGCGGACUAUCCGAGGAAACAAACUCUGGUCGAUUUAAAGCGGACCAAACAGCUCUGGUGUGGAAGCGACCUUAGUGCUAGCCUUGUCCGAAUAUUAGGCAAGUGCGAAAGUAACUUCCUUAGACAUACCCAUCUUGUUUCACGCCUACGAUUUUGCUUUUUUCCAACUUGGUGCUGAGAACUCGGGUGUGACGUCAUUUUCAGCUCCGACCUCUGACUUCCGAGGAAACUUGAACGCAGCAUAAAGUCGAACAAUAAAUCAAACAUUAUUUGAUCAGUUUUCAUGGCGCCCCUUAAGUUCUUCGUGUGUUCGUGUCAGGAUAUUAGAGACGUGAAGAGUUUCAUCAGUCUGUGAGUUUGAGGAUCAGGGUCCACUUUGGUCGUGUUGACACAGAUUUAAAAAAGCGAUAUUCCUCAAUCUCUGGGAGAUUUAAAGUUCACUAAGGAAGUGUUCUUCUGAAGAGCUCGGCUUUAAUUGUUGCUUCACCACAUGCUGUUGGUUUACAGUUUCUCCAGACGCAGUGUUUGUUUUCUGGCUGUGAGCUAACAAGCCUGCAGCGCGCUCUCCUUAACACUCCUAAUUCCAGCACAUAAACAGGCAUUUAAAUUCAGACAAGGACUACCUAGGAAACCCUCACACACACACACACACACAAGUCAUUUUCUGAAGCAUAUAAUAACAGUUUGGGAGCUUGUUCACACUUCCAAACGUAUGUCGGCCCUCCAAACAAAAGGCAUAAACAAUAAUUUGAAUAAAUGGAGGUAAUUUCCUGCAGCAGAAUGUCUAAUCAGAGACGUAUUCUACUGGAGGACCACAGCAAGAAAACCAAAAGGCGGGAGAGAUUUUCAAAUACACGCUGAGAAAGAAAAAAGCCGCGAAGAAUGACAGCUCAAAACUACCCAUCAUGCCUUGCCAAGCCUGCUGGCCAACCGAACAAACACUCGGUCCAUCUGUGCCCACUAAGAGCCUCUCAUAGCUCCAAAACAUUUACAAAAUACCCGCUAACAACCCAUUCAUUACUCUUUGUCUGCCUCUCUGUUUAUCUGCCUCCCUCCUCUUCCUCUGCCCGGCUCUUUCCACCCAAACUGGAAAACUAAUGACAUGAAAUCUCAUCUUUUGUACUUUUCCUCGUCCUCCUUUGUGCCGUCGAGCUCCAUUGUGUUUCCAAAUCAAUCAAAAACACAUCAAUGCGCCGCUCUCGUACGCCUUAUUUUCAUCAAGUCCAGAAUGCACCAUCCUGAUCCCCCUAAUAUUGACCAGAUCACCCACUGUGGACUCAUCCGCCUCAGAAAACCCCUCACAUCUACUUUCUCCGUCUCCAGGAGAAACUGACAGGAAGUUUGUGGAGAUAAAAAACAGGAACUCUUUAGAGACGGAUGUAAAAUUAACAUCUUCACAUUUUAUUCUAGGCAAGGUCAAAAACUACGAUUUUGACUCCAGCUAGUGAUGAUCAGGGUGGAGGACCACUACUGUGGACCAACAGUUUCCCCCUCCGACCAAGGACGACAAUCAGAAGAUUAUCUUAUGUCGUCUAAGAUGAUCCUGUGGUCUGAGGUCUUAAGAGUGAAUUUGUCCCGAUAAUUGGGUCUGAAACGGGUCGGGGCCCACAAACCAAAAAUCUUCACGUGUUCGGGGAAAGCCGAUGACUCCGGAUCAUGACUCUGUGAAUUGUUGGAAUGUAGCCAAUCAAGAGGCGAGCUGAUUGAGGAACAAGGAACCAAAUAAAGUGAACAAAAAUAAAGCACGGCCUACAGCGUACGGGAUUUAGUACUCCCAAAACCACCAUCACUCCCUCCUCUUGUGCGUCCUCUUCCAUGUUGCGUCUCGUGUUUCCCGGUCGUUGUUUCUUCUUCUUCGUUUUUGUUAGAUCCAAUUUUAUCACCCCGCUUUAUUUCCAACACAACGACAAAGACGGUCCCCAUCAGAACUGGAACCAUGUUCCUAAAGUGUCCGUUUCUUUCUGUCUCCAGGAGCUGAGACUCUUUUCUAAUGUUGUGUUUGAGGUGGAUCAGGGUCUCCUCAAAAUCUCCUCUGAUAUCUGGUUCUCGGCCCGUUCAGACCUCCACUGUCCUUUAGGUCUUUGUGCUGUGAGGUCAAAUCCGGGGAAGACGGCGUUGACGUCUCAAACUCUUCCUGUGGGUAGUUGAGUUGAACUGAGGAAGUUGGUUUCACUCUUGAAGAGCCGGUCGAUGGCUCUGGCUGAUGCCUCUGUAUUGUUGUGGGUUUGUCAGCAGGACUCCUCGCUGCUGCCAGAUUGUCCGACUGAGUUUUUGUGCGAACAGCUGGAGGAUAUUUGGGCUCAGAUGGUGAUGGUGGCCGUCAGCCCAGCAGCUGCUCAUCUCUGAAAAGACUGGAAAACAUUUGUAAAAAUGGAUCAAUCUAUUCACAAUAAAACAAUGAUCGCAGCGAGUCGACAGCAGACUGCUGACUUUGAGAUUUCUGUGUUCAGAUGCAGUAAAAGUCUGUGAGAGGUCAGAGAUGGUACAGAUUCAACCAUCAGAGUUUCAUGUUUGUUAAAUUUGACUGACGGACUUAAAGAUUCACUUCCUCUCAAGGACAGUGAACAUCAAAACUCGAUUUUUUAAUCCAAUCAGCUUCAUUAAUGUUCAGGUUUAUGACACUGAUCCAGUCUGCUGUUAGCACAUGUCCUCAGAGGGAUCCUGGUGUCGAUGGUGUCACUACCCGAUCCGUCCCGGGAACUUGAUUUGUACUGAGCACGUGCGAAAAGUACGUCACUUCCUCUAUUCAUGUUUCAAUGUAUUUUACGGCAGUGAUUCACUACCUACAUGAUCCCACUGCAAAAGUGCAAAUUUACUUCACCUCAAAAACUUUAUUUAAACUACAGAUCGAUUCAGAAACCAGGGCAUGAGCUCUGGCGAACGCCUCGGCAUUAACUCUGAUCAAAAUUAUGGUCCUCUGAUUUUUCAAAGUAUCAAGGGGGGAAUUAUUUCAUUAAUUUUAUAAAUUAAAUUUAUUAACAAGAAGCCGACACGUUAUGGACGAUGAAUUUCAGCGUUUUUAUACAGCGUUUCUAUUUCAACACUGAAAUAUUCACAUUCAUUCAAGCCUUUUAGAACUACGUUACAAUUUUACAAUUCUGGUGGAGUAGGAACCGUUAAUCGUAAGACUGGGCGCCAUUCUCUUGACUUUCCAGCACUCUGCUCUAGUCUGUGGAAGCAGGAGAAAAGAAAAGAAAAGUGUGUGGCUGUUAUAAACUGAAGCAUUAAUAAACUGAAGCAAACUCGCUGAUGUUGAAGCCGCCACAAACCUCAAGGGGGAAAGAAUCGCUGAGCUGUCGCAAAGAUGGCUAGUUGAGAAAGUGAGGUACGUUUCGCACAUGUGCUGUAAAAAUCGUGUUUCCGUACGGAUCGGGUCGUGACAGAUGGUCUAUCACAGCUGGGGUCGACAUUUGUAACUCCUGUGGUUACAUUUGGAAACUCCAACAAUCAAGUUUGAAUCACGGAAUUCAAGAUCAAAGGAAAAAAAGAUCAAAGAGAACGGAACUCUGUCGCAGAGUAAAGGAACAUUCCGUGAUUCUCAGUCUGACCAUCACAGCUCAGAGUUGAUUGUAGAGAAGGCCGUGAAGACUUGACCAUCACUCCAACAGGAUAUUUGAUGGUCUCUGAAGUCUUUUUAAAUCUGAUUGUGUUUCAGCCUCAGCCACCGUGGAGGACUUUCAGAUCCGUCCACACUGUCUGUUCGUCCACUCGUACCGAGCCCCGACCUUCUGUGACCACUGUGGGGAGAUGCUGUGGGGUCUGGUCCGACAGGGACUCAAAUGUGAAGGUAAGAACUGAAUCCAUAGUUUUCUUCAACUUCUCAAAGACCCACUUUGAAACCUCUCUCCGUGUCCUUCUGUCCAGGCUGUGGUCUCAACUAUCACAAGCGCUGUGCCUUUAAGAUCCCAAAUAACUGCAGCGGGGUGAGGAGGCGCCGCUCGUCCAACGUCUCUCUGACGGGAGGGCUGGUGAACAUCUGCCGCCCCCUCUCUGCUGAGCCGUCACCGCCUCACUACACCGACGAGGCUCUACUGGUCAGUAGAUUCAGACUCAUGACUGUUAUUGGAGGACUGACCUUCAGACAAGACUCGGUAUCUCCUUAUGACCAAUCAGGCUUUGUUGAAACUACAUUUAUAGUCGUUAGGUCCUCCAUCCUCUUAAAAUGAUGAUUUAUAUUUUCCAUAAAGAAGUGAGUUAAAGUGUGUUUUUUCUCUGACAUUCAAACCUUGAACUUUCUCUUUCUCUCUCACCUUUUUAGUCUCCAGUCAGUCCAAGUAUGGAGGUAAGUUUCACCUCUCGAACUUUUGAUUGAACUUUUUCAAGCUUCUUCAGUUUAUUGUCCUUAAAUUAGUAGAUGUGCCAUCGCUGUUCCUCUUACUUCCACUAAAGUUUCCAUAUCAUAUAUUCUCAUGUGGACUUGAAUGGGUUUGAAGAUAACCAUGAGACCAUCAGACAUUCAACCUAAAGUCCGUAAACUCAGUCUGGAGAUCUGUGAUGAAGUUAACUCCAAACAGGCGUUGUUAAAACAGCCUUGUCCUGAAAAUUUCACCACCCCUCUUAAAAUAUCGGUGAAUAUUUGGUGCCGAUUGCUGAGCUUUUGUUUUCUAGCGUGCCAUCUGUCAUCUGGGAACUAUUCUUAGGAUCAGUAACAGAACAAGUUGCUCUGCAGUGAAAUUUUGGAUGAAUUUUAAUGAACUUCAUGAAUCUUUGCCUCCUCUGGCAGCAGAAGAACCAGUUGGAGUACUUCCCAGGCAGAGAGCGGCGCUCCAGCUCUCAGUCCUACGUGGGUCGUCCCAUCGAAUUGGACAAGAUCUUACUGUCAAAGGUCAAAGUCCCUCACACGUUCCUGAUCCACUCGUACACCCGACCCACUGUCUGCCAGCACUGCAAGAAGCUGCUGAAAGGUCUCUUCAGACAAGGCCUGCAGUGCAAAGGUCUGUUUCUUAUCCCAACGUCUGACAUUUAAGAAUUCAAGUUCAUCUCUAAACAUCUUCUUUCACUGAACUGGAGGUUUAUCGUCCCCUUGAGCCAAAGUUGGGCCAAAAGUUCUGGUCUUGUUUUCAGUGUUUAGAUCAAACCUUUUGAUCCUGUGUAGCAUGUUGGACCAGGUGAUGAUCUACAGCAUGUCUAGGUGUCAUCAAACCUCGCCUCUUGGUGGUUAUCGGUCACUCUGUGAUUCUAAUCUGACUCUUAACUCCAGUUUCUACCACAUCCAGAACAGCUACGAAUGGAUGUCCAGUCGGUCUCUGCUCUGACCCGAUGAUCGCUCUGUUUCUGUAUCUUCUCCAGAUUGUCGGUUUAACUGUCACAAACGAUGUGCUCCUAAAGUCCCGAACAACUGCCUGGGAGAAGUUUCCAAAAAUGGAGGUUAGCUUCGAUAUCCACUGUUAGCUAAUCCAAACCACAGAGCAGAACCCAGGUCCUGAUGUGAUCCACUUCAUGGUUUCUUUGUCCUGUAGAGCUCCUGAGUCCAGGGGCGGAGUCGGACGUGGUCAUGGUGGAGGGUUGCCUCGAUGACCAUGACCUGGACAGAGGAGGCGGCCUGUUGGAUGACAUGGAUGAAGCGUUGACAUCAGAAGGGGGUCUCCUGUUGGAGGCGGGGCCGAGUGACCUUUGUGACAUGCACGACCCGGACCUGGAUGAGUCAAACCGGGCCAUCAGGUAAACGAACGCUCUCACUCAGAAACAGGAACGAGCUCGAUCUCUAACCUGGGUAAGUAAAGAUUCAAUACAAAUAAAUAAGAAUAUAAGGUUGACAUUUGCCCCGCCCCCUGCAGCCCGUCCACCAGUAACAACAUCCCUCUGAUGAGAGUCGUUCAGUCCGUCAAACACACAAAGAGGAAGAGCAGCAACGUGAUGAAGGAGGGAUGGAUGGUCCACUACACCAGCAAGGACACUCUGGUACUACACCUGUCUGUGUUUACACCUGUCUGUGUUUAUGUCUGUGUCUACACCUGUCUGUGUCCAUACGUGUCUGUGUCCAUACCUGUCUGUUUGAGUGUCUGAAGGUUGUGUGGAUCAGUAUUGGAGUAAAUUGAAGGAGAAUCUAAAGGGUUUCAUUUCCUGAACUUCUCCUUUGCUGAGAUCAUCCCUCCACCUCACAGGUGUUUCAUAUCAAGAUGCUGAUUGGACAUGAUUACUGCACAGGUGAACCUUAGACUGGACUCAAUAACAGGCCACUCUCAAAAGUGCAGUUUUACUGUCUUGGGGGCGUCUGGGUUGGGGGGUGUAUCUGGUGUUUCCUCCAUUUGCCUCAGUGCGUCACAUGUCCUGGGCAGAGGGUUGCUCAGGUUGUUGAUGGUCUGUAGGAUGUUGGUCCACUCCUCUUCAAUGUCUGUGUGAAAUUGGUGGAUAUUGGCGGGAACUGGACCACGCUGUGACACCUGCGCAGUAAUCAUGCUGUCUAAUCAGUUUCUUGAUCUGCCACACCUGUGAGGUGGAGGGAUGAUCUCGGUCCACAGACACAGAUUUGGAAAAAUGAAACAGGUCUUUGGUGUUCAGAGAAAAAGUCUGAGAUCUAUGGGAGCAAAAACAAAAGUGUUGAGUUUAUAUUUUUGUUCAGUGUAUCUACUAUGACAGUGUUUCUAUCUGUUUUGUUGUUGCUUUGUUUAAUGGCCGCAAUUCGCCCUCCAUCAUCUGUGUUUGUUUGCAUCUGGGUAGUCGAGUAUUUCAGGGUUAAAAAUAUUGAUGAUUUCUGAAAUCAGAUCAUUAUUCUAACGUAGGACAGUGAGGGUGACGGUGUUUAACUCGCUGCUUUAACACCUUUAACCUCUCAUCCACCCAUCCUCCUCCUCCUCCUCCUCCGUCAGAUAUAAUAAACUUCUGCUCUGAUGUGACUUUAGUAAACCACCAGUGAUGGAUUUUUAGGACUCAUGUACUAUAAAUAGGAAUGAGUGAAGUCAGUAUGUUUGCUGCUCUUUGUCAGAUGCAGUUUUUAUAUAUUUAUUUCUCCUAUUUUGUUUUGGUUGUCUUUUGUGUGGACGUGGACCAGCCCUUCUUUUGUAAGGUCCUUUGUUUGGAAUAAAAGAAUAAAAAUGCCAAUCACCAGAGGUGAUAUGGAAAUUAGGCUGAUUUAUGGUAUCAGCAGGAUGAUUAAAUUUGUAACACUCAAAGACAAUAAGAUAAUGAGAAAACGUGGAUCAAAAAAACGAGGUUAUUUUGACUUUUGUUUUCAUGUCUGUACAAAUAUUUUGGCAGAUUUGUCUUGAAGACGAGGCCAACGUUCCAUCAGGCUUCAAAGAAAAGUGAUAAAUAUGGUAGUCAGUUAGUCAAGGUGAAUCUGGAUCUGUGAACUCGGAGUGGAUGUUCCACAGGUUGGAUGUGAUUCUGUCGAGUCUUUUCUGUUUCUGUCUUUAACCUCCUCUUCUUCUUCUUCUCCGUGUUUCAGAGGAAGAGACAUUACUGGCGGCUGGACAGUAAGUGCAUCACGCUGUUUCAGAACGACACAGGGAGUAAAUACUAUAAGGUAAGUCCAGUGUCAAAGUUCAAGUACUGACCAGGUAACAAGGUUUGGUUUUGAGAACCAACCAUUGUGGACCAUCUGUCUUGGGUUUCCCUGCAGGAGAUCCCUCUGUCGGAGAUCUUGUCCCUGGAGCCGGCGCAGACCUUCUCUCUGCUGCCUGAUGGAGCCAAUCCUCACUGCUUCGAGAUCGCCACGGCCUCGCUGGUUUAUUACGUCGGGGAGAACCUGCCGAGAGCUGAUUCAUCCGUGACCACCAGCAGCAUUCUGGUCAAUAAUGUCAUAUAUUUACAACCCAGUGAAGAGUCUCUGCUCUGUCAGGAUCUCUGCCUUUAACAAAUAACUCCCUGGUUUCAGGUGAGCGGCGUGGGGCCGGAUGUGGCUCGGAUGUGGGAGAUGGCCAUCCAGCACGCUCUGAUGCCGGCAGUCUCCACAGGAAUAUCCCACAACUCUCACCGCGGAGGGCACAGUAAGACCCCCACUCUGAUCUAAACACUGGUGUAGUUCAUUUUAAGGUCUGGUCAUGAACUCUGAGUUUUUACCUAAAGUUACUUUCUUCUCCUUUAAAUGAAACUCAGACAUUUAAAGAUGGUUCACUCAGAAGUUUUACACAUCUUCGGAUUAAAUUGGUCGAUAAAUCUUAACCUGGACUAAACCUCGACAUUCAAAUAUAAAUCAAAGAAUAACAGUAACUUUAAUUCUUAUUACUGCCAAAGUCGUAAAUAACCUUCAUGUGGAGUACCACAAGGCUCGAUUCUGGAUCCCCUCCUUUUUAGACUUUGUUUGGUCCCUGUAGGGUUAAUCAUUCGAUAUGCAGAUGAUAUUCAGCUCUAUAUGGCUGAUGAUUUAGUGAUCUGGGGACCUUUUACUGCCCUAAAAACUCCACCUGCAUUAUCACAAAGUCCAUGUAAGUGCACAUGAAGGAGUUGACUACAGGUCUUGAAUGUUUUAUACUUUAUCGGGGACAGUUUCCAAAUGUGUCGACUGAAGUUUUAGGAAAAUAACUUUGAAAUGAUGGAAACACGAUAUCGAAAACUCUUUGUCUGCACAGAUAAAGCACAGACUAGCCCUUUAAUGCCUUAAACCACAAAUUAUGGCCAGAAAAUUCAAAUUGUUUUGGAGCUGAAACGUUUAUUUCACUUACUACUUAAAACCAAAAAAAAUCAAAAUGUCCUUAAAAUUUAACAAAUAUAUUUAUUGAUCUCGUUUGAUAAGUAAGAUGUUUUUGAAAACUGACAAACUAAAAGAGGACUUUUUUUUUAUCAUUUAUCAGACUGUAUUCAGGUGUUUUUUUUUAGUAAUUUGUUGAUCAGAUUUGAUAGAUUUGUAUGAAAGUAUGAAUUAAAUAUGAUAUAAAAUGCAUUAAAGAGCUAGAAGACUUAGCUGCUACAAGUCCUACUCUAAAGAAUCCAAAGGAAAAUAUUCAGACCAUGCAUCAGUUUUUGUCCUUAACACUCAUUUUUACAGCUUUUCUGUGACUCAGGGGAAAAUAAAAGGAGAGUGCAGUAAAUGAAGGAUGUGCUUCACUUUCAUAUCAGCUGUCAGAAUCCAACUGUCGAAAUGUAAAUGUCAUUUCAGCACAAUCCCACCUGUGAAAUGACUCCUCGCAGGUUUCCAGCUCAGGUGGAAAUGCUCACGUUGUUGCUGAAUUCUCCUGCAGACUCGCAGUUCCCAUCAGGGCCGUCGACGCCCACAUGAAACCCAUCAGAGAUAUUUCAGACCUUUACUGACGUCAAAGCGAUCAUGACUAACACUUCACUGUGGUCUCUCUGCUUCUCUGAGUCUUUGUGUGUUCACCUGUGGACAAAUCCACCAGAAUAACACUGAGUUUAACCCGCCUGAAGCUUUUACAUUUCAGCUCUUUCUACCAACACACACAUUACAUCUGCCAGAACACACGCCUCAGCUUCACCUUCAAUUCUUUUCAAGGAGAAGUUCUCAGCAGUUCGGUCUAUUUCGGUUCUGCUUCAGUCUUUUCUCUAAGAAAAAUCAACCCUGAACAGUUUUAACUCUCAUCACGUCUGUGUUUCUUUAACAGAGGAAGUUUCCAUCAGUAUUUCCGUCUCCAACUGCCAGAUCCAGGAAAACGUGGUAAGAAAACACACAGAGACAAAACCUGCAGGGGUACCGAUGAGGUAUUAAAGGCACGGACUGAAUAAAACAGUCUGAGUCUCACUGAUGAAUAGAGAUGAGCAUUCAUCCGACUAACUAACAGAUUCGUGUCUCUAAGAAAAUAAAUCUAAACCAAAGAGUUAGUCACUUACAGCCAGUCCAUUACGGACUACAGUGGGGUGCCGCAGCUCAAGGAAGAACAUUUAUGAUUAUUUCUUCAUCAUUUCCUUGAAGUAAUAAUCACCAUAUUAAUCAUUUUACAGACGCUGUAGUUCUUCUGUCUUAGCGUCUUGGUCUGAUUGUAUUUCCAUGAAGAAAUGAUCAUAAAUGUUCUUCUUUGAGCUGCGGCACCCCGCUGUAGUCUGUAAUGGACUGGCCUGAGGUCUCUCUACAAACAAGCGUCUGCUGGAAGAGAGUAGGUGAGUUGUGUUUAGUCUCUUUGCUAAAGAAAUGAGUCAAAGUUAAAAAGAUGUUUGGUGUCUAGUACUAUGGCUGUGACCCUAUAUGUACUAAACUCAGUAGAUCAUGGUGUAGUUCCGUUCAGUAACAGAACCUCAUUGGAAAAUUAGCUGAUUUAACUUUACUGUGCUCUUGUUCAAAUAUAUUAACUCGACAGCACAUAAAUUCAUACCUGUUAACAAAAUCAUGAUUUUAUUGAUAAUUCGGCUCAAUAAAAACACCUUUACCUUUUCAUUUUACUACAGUAGAAGUUUAUUGGCCCAGCUUAUAGACUACAGAUGUGGAGAAACGCCCCCGCUUAAGCUUGUUGUCUUAAGAGUUAAAACAACUCUGAAUAUAGUACUAUGUCUGUGACCCUAUAUGUCCUGUUGAUGAAGUUAGGUGCUGUUCUGAGCAUUAUUUGUGGCUAUAGAGUGGCGUUUUGGUUGAGGGCGUGGCUCUCUGUAUUGCUAUCCUGCGGUCGUUACUAAAGUUGGUAUAACUAGAGAAGUAAGCGGUCGACAACAUUCAUCUCUGGAGGGGGGGUUGUCUAACUCGGUGUUACAGUGUGUUUGACCCUAAAUUAAUUUUACGCCAGAAUAUCCCUUUAACAUGGGUCUUCAUGGAGUCUCAUCUGCUUUUGGAGCGAGCCCCAAGUGGACGCUUGAGGAACUGCAGUUUUUGGCAUUCGAGUUUUCCAACACCAGAGGCUGUCAUGUGACAGGAAGUGACAUUUAAAGAGUCUCAGAGUCAGAUACGGAGUUUAAAAUCAGAGUUAGCUGAGAGGAUCUUUGGUUUGUGAGGAUUUGGCGCCCCUUGUGGCUCAAGUGUGUAACUUCAGUUCCAUUCAGAGAUCUGGUAGUCUGGAUUUAAAGUCCUGUUUCUGGAUCAGGUCAGUGUAAACCAGUAUCCUUGAAAACUUGAGAACCAGUUCUUGUGACUUAUGAACAUUUCACCUAAAUGAUUGUUCUUAAACUUGAACGUCUGCCGAAUUAUCGUAUCUUUGUCUGACCCGGCCUGGAGCUCUACCUCUCUGUGACCACGAAGCACUUCCUUUUUGCCCCUCUCUUCCUUCUCUUCCUGAUCCACUUUGUUUUGAGGCGCCCGAACGUAAACGUCUCAGACCCUCGCGGCGAACAUUUACAUCAUAAAGAUCCACAUAAAGCUCAAAUGUCUGCAAACUCUAUUCAUGCUAAUGUGAGCGCCCAGAACAUCGAGUCCCGUUUCAAACGCGGGCGCUCACCUCGCCGUCUCCAAGGUGAGCACGUCUUCGAGCACCUCGGAUGGAGAUUACUGUGAUUACUCACUCAGCCAAAUGGUUUCCAUGGCAACUGAUGGUAAUUAGGCAGCAAGCUCGGGGAAGGGGGAGGAGGUUCAUAAUAUUGUAUUUCUGUCCUCUCCGCUCGAGGUGUGAUAUUAGGCUGUCAGCUAACAGGGGAGGAGAGGGAGACGUGAGUGCAGAGAAGGAGAAAAUAUUUAGCAGUCUUGGUGUCAAAGCUGUGGCGGAUCACUGACGCCGCGCCGUUUCACCACAAGUACAAAAACCCUUUUCUGAGCGCGCUCCUUCAGCUGGUGAUGAAUCCCUGCUUCCUUUUCAGUCCCACUGCCUCACCUUCAGAGACGCUGAAAAGAUGAAGUUUGAAAGUUGAUAUUUGGUUUAUUUUAAUGAAACCUCAGCGCUCCUGUCAGGUGUUUUACAGUUUAGACAGCUCAUUGGUUCGAUCAGUUUGUGAGGCCGGGUUUGGGAGUGGUCGGUCGCCAACCUUCAGUGGACCUAACGAGAGGAGGAGCGGGCCCUCGGAAACAUUACGGCCUGUCGUCUUCAUACAAUGAAACAAUCAAAAUAGAGACCGGCUCCCUCUGUCUCAGUAAACCUUCAUCCUGAGACAGAAAUGAGACUUUUUAAGAAAGUUUUUAUGCCACAGAAAAAUUCUUUCAGAUGUUCCUCCUAAACCUGGAGAUAUGGUCUAAAACUGAGGAUGCAGCAUCUAUGAUUUCCAAUUUGUCGAAAGGACAGUUGGACAAGUAAGUCCAACUGUCCUUUCGACAAAUUGGAAACUGUCCUCCAAAAGAGUGUUACCCCCAAAUUCCACCCUCAUCCUGAACGUCUCUUGUGGCUUCACAUGAGGAUCUGACCCCGGACUAACUCUGGAAUCAGCCUGUUGGAAAAGGAGUGUUAGAGGACACAUCAGAUACAACAGAACUGUUUACUGUGACUCUAAAAUACCCAAACACAAGACCUACAUUCAAAGACCGACCUGUGUUCCUCAGUCUGGACCUUGACCACAGGUUUUUCUCAGCUUUGGUUUUUGUUUUUCAGGAUAUCAACUCCGUGUAUCAGAUCUUCCCUGACGAGGUCCUGGGUUCGGGGCAGUUCGGCAUCGUUUAUGGAGGUAAAACUGAGCAGGGACCAGAUCUUUGAACGAGUCUUUUCUGGACUUUACAGACGGUCCAGAAAAGAUCGACUAUUUUAAAUUCAAGAGAGAGAAGGUUUGGAUGUGAAACUAAAGACUAAACAUCAGUGUGUGUGGAAGUGGAUUAUAUAUAUAUAUACUUUGAAUAGUACUUUGAGUACUUUGAUGCAGUACUGCAGUAAAGGAUCACACCUGUGGGUCUCACUCAUGCAGGUAAACACAGGAAGUCAGGCCGAGACGUCGCCAUCAAGAUCAUCGACAAACUCCGCUUUCCGACCAAACAGGAGAGUCAGCUACGCAACGAGGUGGCCAUCCUGCAGGUACACACACACACACACACACACACACACACACACACACACUUACUCUCCUGUCAGCAGUGAGUGAGACUUCCUGUCGGGAACGACUUCAUUACCGUGGCAACACUGUGGGGGUGUGACAUCCUGUAAUAAUUCAGCGCUGCUCAACCUGCAGGAGCUGCUGCUGCAACACACACACACACACACACACACACACACACACACACACACACACACACACACACACACACACACACCUGUUCACUUCAUGUCUUCUCUCUCAGUGACUCUGAUUCACAACAAACAUCAGAGACUUUAGAAACUCUCCUGACUGAGAGCCGGAGAGUUUCUGUGUUUGUCUGUUUAUUUUUAUUUGUUUGAUUUUAUUUUUGAUUUUUUAUUGAUAGAAGAAAAAAAAAACAUCGAAACAGGUAAAAAAAACAAAAACAGAUUAAAGUAGUUUCAGUUUUUGGAUCUUUAUGAUCUGAAGUCUGACGUUCAGACUCAGAGAUCCUGAAACGGUUCACAUCAGUUUGUAAAGAUAACAAACCUCCUCCUCCUCCUCCUUCUCCUCUUUCUCCUCCUCCUUCUUCUCCUUCUCCUCCUCCUUCUUCUCCUUCUCCUCUUCCUCCUUCUUCUCCUCCUCCCUCUCCUUCUCCUUCUCGUCCUUCUCCCCCUCCUCCUCCUUCUCCUUCUCCUCCUUCUCCUCUUCCUCCUUCUUCUCCUCCUUCUUUCUCCUUCUCCUCUUCCUCCUUCUUCUCCUCCUCCUCCUCCUUCUCCUCCUCCUUCUUCUCCUUUUCCUCCUUCUCCUCUUCCUCCUUCUUCUCCUCCUUCUUUCUCCUUCUCCUUCUCCUCCUUCUCCUCUUUCUCCUUCUCCUCUUCCUCCUCCUUCUUCUCCUCCUCCUUUCUCCUUCUCCUUAUCCUCCUUCUCCUCUUCCUCCUUCUUCUCCUCCUCCCUCUCCUUCUCCUCCUCCUUCUUCUCCUUCUCCUCCUCCUUCUUCUCCUUCUCCUCCUUCUCCUUCUCGUCCUUCUCCUCCUCCUCCUCCUUCUCCUCCUCCUUCUUCUCCUUUUCCUCCUCCUUCUUCUCCUUUUCCUCCUUCUCCUCCUCCCUCUCCUUCUCCUCCUCCUCCUCCUCCUCCUCCUCCUCCUCCUCCUCCUCCUCCUUCUUCUCCUCCCUCUCCUCUCUCUCCUUCUCCUUCUCCUCCUCCAGAGUCUGCACCACCCGGGCGUGGUGAACCUUGACUGCAUGUUUGAGACUCCGGAGCGAGUGUUCGUGGUCAUGGAGAAGCUCCACGGAGACAUGCUGGAGAUGAUCCUGUCCAGUGAGAAAGGACGGCUCCCUGAGAGGAUCACCAAGUUCCUGGUCACACAGGUCUCUCUGUAACGUUCAUGACUCUGCUCCUCAGAGGAUGAACCCUCGUGAUAAUAAAAAUAACCCUCUCUGUCUCCGUCUCGCUCAGAUUCUGGUGGCUCUGCGUCACCUCCACUUCAAGAACAUCGUCCACUGUGACCUGAAACCGGAGAACGUCCUCCUGGCGUCUGCGGACUCGUUCCCACAGGUGUGCGCCGUGUUGUCGUGGUUAUCCGAACGCUUUCAGACUCAUCUCUUGAUUCUGUUUGUCGUCUUUUUAAAGUCCUGCUCUGUGAUUGGCUGACACUGAACCCUCUCCUCUCAGCCGUGGGUUCGAGGUGAAACAGGCUGAUCCAGGCAAACAAACAAAAGCAGACACACAGACGGUCCAUUAGCUUUCAGCGCAACUAUUAGCAGCUCUCGGCAGUUUUCAGCCUCCCUCCAGAAAUAGCUGUUUGUGUCAGACAGACAAACUGUUAGCGCUAAUGAUGCAUCAGGCCGGCUGUUGGGCUCAGUGUUCCUCACACACUUUACUUUCUGUGAAUCUGCAGCCGAGCCUGAUGCUCCCGCUAACAUCAGGACACAAACACGGGGAACAUCUCCUUCAGACUAAUGCAUUAGCUUCCACCAGAGCCGUGUGACCGCGGCUAAUGGGACGAUCCGGAGGCUGAAGAGAGUCUGAUGGUGUUUGUCUUCACCGCCGUCACAUAAGGAGAUAGAUCUGUGUGUGGAAGAGUGUGGAGAGUAGUCAUGGUAGAUGAGCAAAGGUUUGAAGAGAGAGGAAGUGCAACAUAAAUAAGAUCCUUGACCUUUAACCCCUGAAACUCAGAUUCUGCGGCGGUGGCACACGUCGUCCAUCAUGGAAAGAAAAGUUCCAGACACAGAUUUGCACGCGGUUGUUGGUGAAUCAGACUUUGUUUACAUGCAGCUGAGAAAACUGAAUUAUUGACGUGAACGUGUCCUCCUCCCCAACACUAGGGGGCGAUAUGGGUCUUUUCAACGUCAGAAGUGUCUACAACUGCUGCUGGGCAUUUUGGAGAAACAAGAAGAUGGAGCAUCGUACAGCGUUGUUUUUGUCCGACAUGAUGGACGCGCUACUUUUUCUAAAGAGGAGACCAACGCUACUCCUCUACUCUGGGGGUUUUGUUACAGGGUUAUGGGGGCGUGGCCUGUAACCGAUCAUACUCCGACUACGCUGGUUACAUGGUAGAGAAAAUCGUAUUCCAAUCACGUUAUCCGGGUGACUUAAUCAGAGUUCGGACUAAGGUGUUUACAUGACCUUUAGCGGUCAGGAGCCGUAUGCACGUUGCUUGGCAAAACGCGUUUAACUCCUAAACGCCAAAAAUGUUGGUAUGCACGUCACUUCGUAUAGCCGUUAUCGCACCUCUGGGGGUCCAAUAGCGGGUCUAAACGCGUUUAAAUACGGCGGCACUCUUGUUGUUCCAAGGAAGACAGCGGCGACAAUUGCGUCGAACAGGAUUUUUCGUGACAGAAUUCACCCCUUCGACACGUAUGACGACCACGAAGUGUUCCGUAAGUUUCGACAGCAUCAUAUUCUCGACCUCACACAGGAGAUUUCCGCUGAAAUUGAACUUUCGAACCGAGGAUUCACCCUCACUCCACUCCACAAGUCCUCGUAACCUUACGGGGCCGUUCUCAACCGAAAGUACACAACACUUAAAACAGACCGGUUGACCCAAUUCUAUAAAUAUCUUUACCGUUUAAGACACAGUAAACGCGGUUAGCUAUACGGUUCCGUUUACAGCAAAAAUCGUAUAGGAACUAAACGCGUUUAAGGCCCUAAUCGCGUUUACGCUAAACGCUUUCAACGUGCAUACGGGCCCUGGUCUUAAUCGGAAUAAGGCGAUAAUUCGUACGCCAAUUUACUGGAUCCGAUUGUGAGGAUUACUGACCGGGGUGAAAUGACGUCUAAAAACUGGGAAUUGACACGUUAACUUGAAUGUUUACGAUCAGCUACGAUCGGAGGAUACGACCUUUUAGGAGACGAUCAGGAUGUGAUGGAAAUUGGGGUUUAAAUGUAGUUUUGUUGGUUUUUAUCUUUCAGUGACUCUGCAGAAGAAUCUUUAAUCCCUUUAGUUUGUGUUUCUGUCGGUGAAGUUUGUUAAAUUUCUCGUCCCAGAGUGACUCGUCUCUCAGGACACGUUUGAUCGUCGAGGACAAAGACCAGAGGGAAUAAAAACACCAGGAAACGUCUUUUUUUAAACGUUAAAGGUUGAUCUCUGAAAACAGGAGUCAGCUCUGGAUCUCCGUGGUGAUUGACAUCCCACUGAGGAGGACAGGUAACCAGCGGACGUCCAGGUACGGCGGACAGGAGGUGUCAAUCACGGGCUGAGUCUGAACAACAACAACAAUGCCGCCUCUGGAGGUUUCCUCCGACAUCCACCGCCGAAAAACAAGGUCAACCCGCCUCCAUCCGAACGCCACCUGGAUGAGAAGUGUCGGUCAGGAGAACAACACUAAAACUGAAAAUAGACCUCAGCGGCGCCGAGCGGUGGAUGCUAAAACGAUCUGAUUCAUCACAACAGCGGCGCCGUGUGCCAACCUUUCCCGGACCGCUUCCAUCCUUCUCCUGAGUGUGUGUGAAUCAUCCUGUAAAGAUAGCAGCCAACAGCUCUUCACUGUCAGCAGCUUCAUCUCACUCAUCCUCCCUGUUUCCAUCCAAACACUGACUGAUGCCGCCGCCGCCGCCGCCGCAGAGCCAACGCCAGGAGGGAGCCGACAUUUAUGAUUCAGACUCAUUAAGAAUUUCCCUGUAAUUGUGUUUUUCUCUCUGCUUCAGAGCGAAUGAUCAUUUAUUACCCAGAAAUGACUGUAAAUACUCAGAAAAUACAACAACAGUCGCCAGGAGGAGAAUCACGCUCCGUCUCUGAUCUGUCCAACGCCAAAACACACGUGAAUGUCACAGAUAUCGUUAUUGAGUUCGUGUUUGACGAUCUUUCAUCUGAUUGAUAGAGAGUUCGCUGGUUUGAGGCUCUAAACAGAUUAGUAAACGUCUCUAACACGCCUUCGUCGUCUCCUUCAGGUGAAGCUGUGCGACUUCGGUUUCGCUCGGAUCAUCGGGGAGAAGUCCUUCAGGCGCUCCGUGGUUGGAACGCCGGCGUACCUGGCUCCUGAGGUCCUGAGAAACAAAGGUUACAACCGCUCUCUGGACAUGUGGUCAGUCGGGGUCAUCAUCUACGUCAGGUCAGUGAGCUCUGUUGUCUGAUUUACGUUUCCGAACGUUCUUAAACUUCUGUCCAGUUCAUACUGAGGUCCGUUUUUUUGUCCUGCAGUCUCAGCGGGACGUUUCCUUUCAACGAAGACGAAGAUAUCAACGAUCAGAUCCAGAACGCCGCCUUCAUGUACCCCCCCCAUCCCUGGAAGAAAGUCUCCAAUGAAGGUACUGAACCCCUCACUUUGGUUUAGAGAAUCAGACUCUCAGCUUUUACUAAAACAUGAACCGAGAAUCUGUCUUUAAUACAAGCCUGCCUCAUAUAAAGGCCUGGUACCUGCUGCUGUGAAAGACAUCGAAGACUGGGCCUCUAUUAGAGGAUUUACGGUAAGAAACAGGUUUCAGGAGACCAACCUCACGACACAGAUCAGGGUAUUUUUAGAGGUCACAUUUUAUAGUCCGUCAACCAAUCAGAGGCGGUGUCUGUAAAGGUCCAAUUAGAAGCAAAGACAACCAGAGACGUUAUAGUCUCAAUAUAGAAAUAUAGAACAUAGAACUGUUUGACCUCCGCUUAUUAUAGUUUAAGUAGAUCUGUGCUCAUUAGGGGUUAAAAUAUUAAGAUUAUGAAUAUUUCAAAGACGUCAACAGACUUGGAUCUGUUUUAUUUCUGUCCUAUAAUCAGGUUUGUCUCAUCUUAGGGUCAGAACCAUAGAUCUGUGAGUUUAACCCCCGAUCUCCACCUUCAUCCUGAUCGUCUCCUAAAAGGUCGUAUCCUCCGAUCGUAGCUGAUCGUAACCAUUCAAGUUAACGUGUCAAUUUACACCGACUUCUUUCCGUUCCUCUGCCGAUCGCCGGACUCCUCAGCUGAUCACAAGAGUUCUAUUUUUUCUGGACGCCGGAGCAUGGCGGAUAAAUUCAUGCUGAGAUGCUGAUUCUAGAAGUCUAGAAGUAGAUUUCCUCCUCUGGAAGGACACAAUCUACUGCUUAUAUGUCUAUGUGUCUGUCUUUAUAGAGACAACUCGUUAUCGCGCGAUUGAACGUGAAUCUGCGGGUUCUUGUGAGUUCUCCCGAUUCCGCCACAAACGGAUCCAGUAGGAAUUGGCGUACGGCGAAAAUCAUUGAUGAAAAUUGGGGGUUUAGUGUUCCUCCUACUUUUGCUCUCCAUACAGGUGGUUCCUCUUGCUGACACCUGAUUGGUUGAUACUUGAGCAGCACCCUCAUGUCUGGUUAAGUUGUUGUGCGUGUCUGAGAGGUGAGGGGCGUUUUGUAAUCACGCCUUACAUCAGACUUCCUGUACCAACAACUAUAAACCGUUCAAAUACCCCCUUAAACGCUGAAGGCAGAGACGGAUGUUUUCUCACCUCUGAGUGACUCUGAGGGGGUUUUUCAUCCACUCACAUCGGCUCAGGUUAUUUCCUCCCGCAGUGGCGUGAUCACUCAAACACAGCCUUGAAACCUCGGAGCGUUGCUGCGUGACUCAUCGUGUUGUCGUCAUUGUCUCUAAAUGCGUCUGCUGUGUGUGUUGGCAGGAAUUGUCCUGUUGACUAGCAGACAGAUUUAAAUCAGCCUGACUCAUUUGCUCCUCGGCCGGAUCCCCGAAGCGCUCCUAACCUCUCGUCCACCUCCUCAUCCCGCCGGAGACACUUCAGCCGCUCCAGAAUAAGUGUUGUAAAAGUCCUCUCCGUCAGCCGCAGGAGGAUUAAAUGUCACCGAAUCAACUCUCGGUGCGUCAACAAAUCUGCAUUUCCAAAGAUCACUGUAAAAGGAGUCACUUUAGAAAGGUUUCUGAGAGAGGACGGCCCACAUGCAGCACGACCAUCUCUCGGUUUAAUGGGAAGAAGUUAGACUGAGGGGACUUUGGGGGGCGAUGGCGGCGCCAUGACACACUCAGUGCGUUCACAGUCACAGUUUACUCGGACUGAGCUCAUAAUUCGAUCUGAAUCAGACUUCUCUCCUUGUCCAAUCAACAAAUGUUUUUUUUUCCUGUAAAUACGGCGGUGAAGUUAGUUUCAGGUUGGAUAAAUUUUCCUGUAAAUACGGCGGUGAAGUUAGUUUCAGGUUGGAUAUAUUUUCCUGUAAAUACGGCGGUGAAGUUAGUUUCAGGUUGGAUAUAUUUUCCUGUAAAUACGGCGGUGAAGUUAGUUUCAGGUUGGAUAUAUUUUCCUGUAAAUACGGCGGUGAAGUUAGUUUCAGGUUGGAUAUAUUUUCCUGUAAAUACGGCGGUGAAGUUAGUUUUAGGUUGGAUAUAUUUUCCUGUAAAUACGGCGGUGAAGUUAGUUUUAGGUUGGAUAUAUUUUCCUGUAAAUACGGCGGUGAAGUUAGUUUCAGGUUGGAUAUAUCUUCCUGUAAAUACUCCGGUGAAGUUAGUUUCAGGUUGGAUAUAUUUUCCUGUAAAUACGGCGGUGAAGUUAGUUUCAGGUUGGAUAUAUUUUCCUGUAAAUACGGCGGUGAAGUUAGUUUCAGGUUGGAUAUAUUUUCCUGUAAAUACGGCGGUGAAGUUAGUUUUAGGUUGGAUAUAUUUUCCUGUAAAUACGGCGGUGAAGUUAGUUUUAGGUUGAAUGUAUUUUCCUGUAAAUACGGCGGUGAAGUUAGUUUCAGGUUGGAUAUAUUUUCCUGUAAAUACGGCGGUGAAGUUAGUUUCAGGUUGGAUAUAUUUUCCUGUAAAUACGGCGGUGAAGUUAGUUUCAGGUUGGAUAUAUUUUCCUGUAAAUACGGCGGUGAAGUUAGUUUUAGGUUGGAUAUAUUUUCCUGUAAAUACGGCGGUGAAGUUAGUUUCAGGUUGGAUAUAUUUUCCUGUAAAUACGGCGGUGAAGUUAGUUUCAGGUUGGAUAUCUGACGGACAUUCUCUGAGGAUCUACCGGUGUCUUCUCACUCUCCAUAACCGGGAAUAACAACAGCAGCGCGGUUAAAUCUACUCGACACCCUCACUGUCAACGUCGGUGUUGAAUAAGGGACCGUCAAUAAAUUACCAGUUGAUGUUCUCAGAAAAGGCUGUUUUCCUUCAAUAGCUUCACUGUCAUGUGACCAAAAGACCUAAAAUUGAUUUCUAAUAAUAGUACUAAGGUCGAUCAAUAAGACAAACAUUUGAUUUUCUUACUUUUUCAACUUGGGAGAACAUGUGAAAAAAGUUCGUGUCAAGCCCUGGAUCAUAUGAAGGUCUUUCCUGAAAAAGUUAUUGUGUUAUUGAUUCUGAUCGAUCAGACCUCAGGACAGAUAGAGGUGUCGACCGUGAGCCAAUCGAGCAAACCGACAUUUUUAAGAGUUUUUCCCAGAAACUGUCGUAGGUUUCUUUCUAUCAACAGGGAAAGUUCUCCUUCUCUGAGGGUUUUGUUGGACAGACUGACGUCGCCCUCCUUCGGCCUCACUGCUGAAAAAAAAAGGUCCAGAUUAGAGGAGGUCAUGUGACUUCCCUGAAGAUGGAGGACUGAAGGAGGGGGGGCUGUGUGAGAGAAAGACCUCAGAGCAGCAGCUGAGUGUCCGGGCUGUUCUUGGAAAGAGAGUUAGACGGACAGAUUUCGGGGGGUAUUCAUGUGCUGCUCCAUUCAUGUGCAUAAUACCAAGUGAAGGAGGCCCCUGCAGACCUGAGGGGCCCCGGGGUCCCAGAGCCGUUCAAACCGCUGACCCCUGAAGAGAUGUUAACAUCAUGUUAGCUUUGCUCAUUAGCCUUGACUGGCCCCUCACCACAGGGGGGGCAAAGACCCUGCUCCCCCUCCUCCUGGUCUUCAUCCUUCCCUGUACUGGACUCAAACCACCAUCAUCAUCACUUCUUCUUCUUCUUCUUCUUCUUCUUCUUCUUCUUCUUCUUCUCUCUCUCUCUCUCUCUCCUGCAGCGAUCGACCUGAUCAACAACCUGCUGCAGGUGAAGAUGAGGAAAAGGUACAGUGUGGACAAAACGCUCAGUCACCCCUGGUUACAGGUGAGACCCCCGUCAAUAAUAAUAACUUUAUCUGUGUAGUAAUUUUAAAAACAGUUAAAACGGAAUAAAAGGCCAUUUUCACAAGAUAAUACAAGAACCAUACAACAUAAAAAGACGUAAAAUAGUUAAGAAAGAAAAUGCAAUUAAAAAGAGGGUCGAAAGCAGAAACAGGACAGUAAAAAUAAAAGACAAUAUCAACAAUGCUUUUGAAUUUUAACAAAAGCUAAAAAGACAUUAAAGCUGAAAUAAGAUAAAAGAGAUAAAAGAUAAAAAAAAACUGAACUUAAAUAUACUAACUGAUAGAAAAGACACAUUCAGAGUUUUAUGACCUUCAAACUCAAAAUAAGAAAAUAAGAAAAUAAACUUUAAAGACAUGCAAAAUUGAGGAAAAGGUUGUGAGUUUGGACCAAAAGUUAAACCUGAUUUUUUGUUCGAAUGCGAAGAUGCUGAUGGGAUCAUUCGUGACGGGCUGAUUAAAAACAUUUUACUUUAAACCUGCUCAAACUUUUUUCUUUUGCAGCUAAUUAUUUUAACCAAAACAUGUAAAUUCAACGUAAAGGUACAGUCAUUUUUAACCCGCUGUUUCUGUUUAUUUUAAACUCCAUCCAGCCAACAAUGUCCUCAAAACGGACAGGCAGAUAAGGGCUCAUAAAAAAAUCAUUUUUAAACAUUUUUAAAAACUUUUCCAGCUCAUAUCUUUUAAAUAACUUCAGCCCUGAUCACUGCAAAAACAAUAAAUACAAAAGUCGAUGUAUUAUCCUUUUUAUGCCCGCUUUUGUGCAACAUGUCAUAUUUAUUUUUGAUGGUAAAAAACACAAAAUCUCCACAUUUCCCAUUUAAAAUAAAGAGUCUGGGCCAUGUCAAUGAUGAGAAGUAAAAUCCAUUUUGGUGCAUUUAAAUUCUUUUUGUAGUGCUAAUUGCCAUAAUUGCCGAGGUUUUUUUUAAUAUAAAAAAAAAAAGAACUCUCACCAAAUUUGAUGCCCUAAUCUUUAAAAAUGUGUCUGUCAGCUUAAAAUGAAGAUAAAAAAAAUGACAAAUGUCCUCAAAACCGAGGAGGAGUCAAGGGUUAAGACCGUGAGGAAGAGAAAUCCUUCGUAAAAACACUUUUGAGUUACUAAAAAAACACCUACUUUUAAGAACAAAUGCAAUUCCAAAUAUUGGUAUGACUGCAUUCAUUCCAAACGUAAAAAUUCAAACAUUUUUCAGACUAUAAUAAGGGAUUAGUUUUCGUACGGGUGAAGCAGGUGUGUCCGUUUCCUCCUCCAGGACUACCAGAUGUGGCUCGACCUGAGGAACCUGGAGUCACGAAUGAACGAGCGCUACAUCACCCACGAGAGCGACGACCUGCGUUGGCACCACCACGCCCAGCUCAGCGGCCUCGACUACCCCGCUCAGGUGGGCAACGGUCCGUACAGCUCCACCCCCUGUGUAGGGGGGGUGGAGCGUUACCAGGAGCAGGAGGAGGAGCUGGAGACCCUCAGUGAGAGGGUCAGUGAACUCUGAGGAAACGAACGAGAUCUGAAACACGACGAGUGAAAGCACAAGACGAACAUAAGCUCUUUCUGACGAUUAACAAAACGAAUUUUCUGUAUCGUGUCUUUCUUAAAGAGACAGGACUGACGAACCUUUGAACCCCGCCCCUUUUUCUAUGACCGCACACUGCAUUCACCAAAGAGAGAAACAGUUUAAUAUGACAAGAACUUAAUAUUUCAUUAUUACUGUUAAAAAAACUUAAUGUUCAGAUCAGCAAAUAAGCUAACUAUCCUCAAAACUGACGUGAGCGAUCCGUGUCCGAAACACGUCACCUGAGAAAGAUCGGAAUUUAUCGCACUGGGAUGGAAAAUCUCCGACAUUAAAUUAAUAAAUAAAUAAAAUUCUACUUCAGUCAGGAUCACUUUGUCAAAAUUCAGCUGGAUCGUGCAAAGUUAGAUUCGGCGGCGUAGUUCUGUUCUGGGUCCCUGCCCUUCCACGUGCUUGUGUGGAACC